UAGCUCGGCCUCUCCUCGGCAAGUUCUCACCGGCUCGGGUUCAGACCCAGAAAGGCAGCUGGGAGAAAAGCUCACCAGACCCCGGCGGCAGCACUCCGGGGUUGCGAGCGCUCGCGUGCGUCGGGCGCUCGGGGUCCCUGCCGCUAGAGAAGCAGCAUCGGGACUCCAGCUCGCCAGAGGUGCCAGUGGACUCCAGAGUCUCUGGUUCUUCGAGUCCAGCGCGGCGAGCCUCGCAAACAAGCUCUGCCCGGGGACUUCGGCUGAACAAGGUCGAUAAUUGAAAUCAUUGCAGUGACCAGCUACAAAAAUGGGCAGCAAAACCUUGCCGGCGCCGGUGCCCAUCCACCCAUCCCUGCAGCUCACCAAUUACUCUUUCCUCCAAGCAGUGAACGGUCUGCCCACAGUGCCCUCGGACCACCUGCCCAACCUGUACGGUUUCAGUGCUCUGCACGCCGUGCACCUGCACCAAUGGACGCUGGGCUACCCAGCCAUGCACUUGCCGCGUUCCUCUUUCUCUAAAGUGCCAGGUGCGGUGUCCAGCCUGAUGGACGCUCGCUUCCAGCUGCCCGCCUUUCCCUGGUUUCCUCACGUCAUCCACCCUAAGCCAGAGAUCACCACGGCGGGCAGCGGUGCCGCGCUUAAGACCAAGCCCCGCUUUGAUUUCGCUAACCUGGCCUUGGCUGCCACACAAGAAGAUCCCACCAAGCUUGGCCGAGGGGAGGGCCCUGGCUCCCCUGCAGGUGGGCUGGGCGCCCUCCUGGACGUGACCAAGCUAUCUCCGGAAAAGAAGCCAACGAGGGGACGCCUGCCUUCCAAGACCAAGAAGGAGUUCGUCUGCAAGUUCUGUGGCCGCCACUUCACUAAGUCCUAUAACCUACUUAUCCACGAGCGGACGCACACUGACGAGAGGCCUUACACCUGUGACAUCUGCCACAAAGCCUUCCGGAGGCAGGACCACCUACGGGACCACAGAUACAUUCACUCCAAAGAGAAGCCCUUCAAGUGUCAAGAGUGCGGAAAAGGAUUCUGCCAGUCCCGGACUCUCGCGGUCCACAAGACGCUACACUCACAAGUGAAGGAGCUCAAAGCUCCAAGAUCAAAUGCUAAAGAACAGAGCCUGCGGGGCACCAGGACCCGGGGACAUGCUGCAGCCCGCCUUCCCUUCCGGAGGGACCCGCGCUGAGGGCGACUCUGCGGGCAGCGGGAGGGGCUCCCGGGAUUUUCCUUCCACACCAAGCAACGUUGUCCCCUGGGUCCCCAGCGCUUGUGGCGAUCCUGAGCCUCGCCCGGGGCCGUGACUCCUUCAGCCUGGGCAGCUCCCCCAGGACGCGGCUAAACUCUUGGCCAAAAGGCGGUACUCAACUCACGUGGCGGAAGGGGAACUGCAUUAAAAACAAAAAAACAAAACAAAACAAAACAAAAAAACAAGAAACGAAAACUCCGCUGAGCCGCAGCGGCGCCUCUCCCAGAAGUAUUACUUUUUCUAUUGUUAUUUUAUACGUUUUCUUUACUCCCUCCCCUCCCCCCCCAACUCUGACCAUAUAAGCUUGUAAAGUCUUGACUGCGGAGAGGGGAAAAGAAAAGGUCUGCGCGCCCUAGCAAUUUCCAGUCCCCGCCUCCCUGCCCCAUUCCCCCCCCCACACACCCGGGAGCCUGCGAAGUGUAAUCCUUGUAUCUGCUUCUGCCAUCCGGCCCCAGGGGCCGCUGGCUCCGAGGGACUCCCGGGCGUUCUGGCUGCGCCACUGACCUCCCCUGCUCUGGACACAGAAACCCGGCUGAGGACCAGGCGCCCCGGGCUGGGGGUGAGGGUGGGGGAUGGGCGGGCCUCCGGCUCCCCGGUUCCAUCCCUGCGCGCGAGCGAGCUGCCGGCCACGAGCCGGACGUUGUAUUGCGACUGGCACUUUAUGCUGACCAUCGGUAAAGGACAUUUAUCACUGGAGUUUUUUUUUUUUUUUUUUUUAACUAUUAAAUAAACGGUUAUUUUA